AUGAAAUUCCUCGGCGUAGCUGCUCUCCCUCGCCAAAAUCCAGUCCCGGAGCUGAAAUCAUCGAACGUCGGCGGAGGACGGGAAGCCUCCCGUCAGCGGUCAGAGACCGUGUCGCCGACUCCGUUGGUGUUGACGGAGAUGAGCCCUAGAGCUUGCAGCGGCCAUUUAGAGGACUAUUCAUUCGACAUCGCAGAGCAGCCCACAGUACGACUCCUCCGCCUCGACGCCGAAACCCUUCAUCUCCCACUGCUCGCCAUACCUUCCCCUUCCCCGCGGCCCAUUAUUGGGGAUUCAUGA